GAAGAAUCCUCCGCCUACCAGUUCUUAAUGCUAAUCCCAUGUGUCGGUCCAUGCUAUUCUUAAUGACCUUUCUUCAUCAUCCCGCUUAUCACCUUCAGUGGUAGAGGACGGUUCAAGCAUCAAGUCAGCUGACCCCUUUGCCAAAACAUUGCAGUUUGAAUUGGUUCUGCUGUCUUGGCGCGGAAUUAGGGUAUAAAUACGGUAUCAGUUUGCUCCUGGCUAAGAGAAGUGCUGCAACGCACAACCCGGUGUGCAAAGAUGGACAAACGAGCGAGAUUUAUUUUGGUUGCAGUUUUGCUGUUUGACUGUCUGUACGAAACUCAUGGUCUCCGAUUGGCAGAACAGAAAUGUCAAGAGUAUCGCAAGACCAUAGCGUCCUUUCCAUCCAAAGUGAUCGGUAGGACGAACGUGUUCGAUACACCCCCGAAUGGAUUACCGGCCCGGGAGGGUGAAUUCCCUCACCAGGUGCGCGUCGGACAAUGGUUCUACGAGGACGAAGACGAUACGGCAUUCAUUCUGCGCUGCAGUGGUGCACUUAUUAGCGAUCGUUACGUACUCAUAGCUGCCCAUUGCCUAUGGACGCUGGGCGACGAGGAGGUGUCACUCGGCCGGCAUGACUACACUCGCAACGGCACCUUCCCAGAGCUGUCCAUCAAACGAGACGAUCUGAUUCUUCAUCCCAGCUAUGACGAGCAGACGAAGGCAUCGUACAACGAUAUCGCGCUAGUGCGGCUUGCUCAGCCCGUCACCUUUACCUCUCACAUCUAUCCGGCUUGCCUCUGGACGGAGGAGGAAGCGGUCGAGCCGGCAAAACUAACAUCGUCCGGCUUUACGACGGGCAGAUUGGUCAAUGACACACAGGAUACACGACUGGUGAAGAUACAGGUGAGCCGCGUCCCGAAUGCAGAAUGCUCGCGUGAGUACACGGACAGUGGCUACUACCCGCAAGGCGUCACCGAUGCGCUGCUGUGUGCCGAGUCUCCAGUUGAGUGGAAGUCUUUGUGCGAAGGGGAUGCCGGUGGGCUGCUACAAACGCUUGACCGUGACUCUGCGGACGUGUAUCGGCUUAUCGGUGUGGAGGCCAAGGGUCACGAGUGUGAUCAGUCGCACCAGAAGUUUAUCUUCACCAAGGUCCGCCAGCAGCUGGAUUGGAUUGAGAGUGUCGUUUGGGGUGCGUAAGUAGUAUUUCUGGAAAUGCAAUGGGUUAACCAAAUAAAAUAACCAUCUUCGUACACGAGUACCACAGAAAUGGCCCAACAAC